CGGAAAUGCCAAAGUUGGCCCAACUAUGCUGCCAGCAUUUUCCUCACCGACGAUUUAUUCAUCUUCAUCUAGUAAUUCAAUAGCUAUUCAUAACUAAAAAAUUUAUAUCUGUCAUCAAAUGAAGCUACAAGAUACAGUUUUGGAAGAGAACAUUCCAUCAGAUAAAACGUGGGAUUUUUUAAUUGGUCUCCCUUGAAUCCUUCCAACAAAAAGCAAUCGAAUAAUUUAUUCAAAUUGAUGAGAGGAUUGAACCAAGCUGUUACAACAUUGACAUUGUCACAAACUUUCAAUAUUUUAAUUCAUUUAAGGUGUCUUAUUUAUAUCAAGAGUAGUUGGGCUUAUUUCAUCAGAAGAUUGAACUCAUUUCGACAAAGGAUUCGCUCACAACACAAUCGGAUGGCUUCUUUUGCGAUGGAGGAUUUUGUUGGGAAUGGAGCUCUGAAAGAUUUGCUUCCAAAGCUGUUAGAAGAAGGUUGGGAUGAUGUACCGACCUUGAAGGUUAUGAAUUCAGAGGAUAUGGAUUCAAUAAAUAUGACUCGACAACAAAAGGAUGCAAUGGAAAUAAGGUCAUACCUGCACGAUCGGACUCUGAUGCAAUAUGGAGACCAGCUAGAGAUCUCUGGGAAAUGUCUUCCUGAGCUUCUUGGCUUAAGCGCCGUGGAUCUUUCAGCUCAGUUUGGCAUGAAGAGAGGCCACAUCGCUCGUUUCAUGGACAGAUCCAGUCCAUGUGAAGCAGAUCCUUUGCCGGCACUCCCUCCAAGACAAAAAAAUCCUGCACCUUCUAGAGACAAUAGCAUUUACAAGAGUGAGCUUAGUUCUCUCAACACGAGAAAAAUGCAGAUUAUGAUGAGAUCGUUUGGGAGAAAUAGUAACAAAAGUGAAGUACCAGUUGAGCAGACACUGGCUGAUUUGAAGAUCAAAGAAGGGCAUAUCUUUAAAGGUAUUGUGGCUGCUGCUCCAGCUGAGUCCAGAGCAUGUGGCUGUGUAAAGGCUCCCCCAAUAGUUGAAAAUGUUGCACCGUACUCUGCAAUUGAAAACAUCUUGAUUCAGAAACUUACUCCGGAGUAUAAGAUUGGGACACAGCGUUUGGUGAAAACAAAGACUCCCCCAAUGAAGGCUAUGGAGCUAUGGCGUGAAAAACCAGCUGUACUCCUCUGCAUCAGGAGACCAGGGUGCAUCAUGUGCAGAGCUGAGGCCCACCAACUUUAUGUAAAAAAACCAAUAUUUGAUGCACUUGGGGUUCAAUUAUAUGCAGUUAUUCACGAACACAUAGAGGCUGAGGUUAAUGACUUCUGGCCUCGAUAUUGGGGUGGUGUUGUACUCUACGACAAAGGCAUGGAAUUUUUCAAAGCUCUUGGUGGCGGGAAGCUGCUCAAGGACAAGUUCAUAUCAGGAUUUCUGUUCAACCCUCGAGCUAUUGCAAAUUACAAACGGGCAAGAGCAAUGGGAGUGGAGCAAAAUUUCAAGGGCGAAGGUGAAAUAAAAGGAGGACUGUUUAUAGUUGGCAAAGGAAAGGAAGGAGUGGAAUUGCAUACCAGUUUAUAGAGAGAAAUUUUGGAGACUGGGCGCCUUCUACUGAAAUCAUUGAGAUCUGUACUCAGUUAUAGCUUCUCUCCUGUAAAGAUUCAAUUCAAGUUGGCCUUUCUUCCUCCUUGUGCAGAAUCUACAGCCAAGUCCGAGCGGGACAAAAUCAUCACAAGAGUAUGAAUAAGUAUGGACCUUUUUAUUCUUCCAAGUAUGUUGCAGACUUAGAAUUUUCAAAUAACUUAUCUUCAUUGUAAUCUAGCAUAUUUAGAGAACUGAUUGUUUAAUUCUCUUGUUGUAUUUACAAUAAUAGAUAUUUGCUUGUCAUAUAUAUUCUAGCACAUUUUAA